CGCUGUAUAAAACACCGAGCCCUGUGCCAGUGGUCCGACACUGUUCCGUCUUGACUUAGGACUGAAGGACCCGACUAACUUUCAGUGCUCUGGCGUAGGCGUGACGCCAUGUUGUGAAAAGUGUCUGAGCAAAAGUAUUCUUAAUUUUCGAGGAAAAAGUGCAACUUACAACUAACUGCAAAUUGAAAUCAAUUGGUAGAGUGAGUCAGCGACAGUAAGGAUGGCUAAGCGAUUUUUGAGCAUUUACGGUAGCUUCGUGGUGCUACUACUCCUGCAGUGCAUCUGGGCAACACCACAGCGCACCGCCGCCUAUUCGCUCCAGGCAGCCGUUGACGAGCUGCACCGUCGCGAGGCAUCGAAAUUUCCGUUGAAUGCCCCACCCCCGCUGGAUGACUGGGAAGAAGAUUUAUUUGGAAAGAGUAAGAAUCGUAAUCGGCACCGAAUUAAUAAAGAGCUCGCCAAGUACUUAGGGCGCGACUCCGACGACUUUGAGCCGGAUCGCGCCCUGGGUCCACCGUUCAGUGGCUACGACUUUGGGUCCGGCGCUGGCGACGAUUUGGACAACAAUCGCAAUAAUCUGUUUGCCGAUGAGAGUAGGAAGCGCCUCUCCGCCGCCCCGUCCCUCUUUCGAGAACGUGACGAGCAGCUCGAUGCACCAGCUCCGUCUGUGUUCCGUGAACGUGAGAAUCAACCACCACUAAGCGGAGAGCCCGCACAUAACGAGCUGGCGGAUCAGUUUCUGCGCGAGAUCGAGGAGGCCGGGGAACAGGAUCGCAGCGAGCGGUACAAGGAUGCAGUGCGUCAGUGGUGGCAUCAUUUCGACCAGCGCCAGCAACUGGGAAAAGAUGUCCAGCCGCAGCAGCACCAGCAAGAACAGGAUCUGGAUCCCGAACUGUUUGAACAGAAGAAGCGGAUGCGCGUGCCACCAUACUACCUGUUGAUGCAGAAGAAGCGCUCCUAUCCGGUCCUUCCAUGGCUGCCGUACAAUGCCAAUGCCGACAAGAAGAAGCGGUUCCCAGUGGCCAAGCGGGCCAUUGGCAGCAACAAGGAGCAGAUGCCGCUGGCCAAGACCGACGAGCGAGUGGCCCAGGAGCUGAGCGAACUUUUUGGCAAGCCCGUCGACUCCCAUCUAAAGCCGCUGCAGGAGCAGUCGGACGAGAAAAAGAAGCGUUCGGCUGAUGAGCCGAAUACUACCACCGCAGCCCAUGUCCCGGAGACGCCACCAGCCACGACCACGGCCUUGGGUGACAUGCGAUUGGAGAUUAAUUUCCAGCGCGUGAACGUGACCAACGAGAAGCCUGCCGCUCCCGCUGGAGCUGGCGAGAUGGUCCAGCAUGGCGGACAUGCCGGCCAUCAUGGCAACCACGUUCCCGGCAUGGGUCCAGAGUACCGACAUCGCAAGCGUAGCGAUCACGUACAUCAUAGGGACAGUGACGAGCACGACCACGACGUGGACGAGCACGAUGAUGAGGGUGAGGAGAGCUCCGAUGAGGACGACCACGAUGAGUUCGACGAGGAUGAGGGCGAUGCCGAGCCGGACACCGAGGCGGAGGCCGAUGAGCGGCGACGCAAGAAGAAGCGAGCCGCAGUCAGCGUCGCCGGACACUCCAAGCAUCUCCGGGCGCCCACUGUGGGCCAUCUGAUGCUGAGGGCCAAGAAGUCUAUCGACUGGUCCCAGUACUUUGGUCUGGACCUAGACCGCAAGAAGAAGUCUGCCCAGGAAACUGAGCAAACGAAGAAGCGUUUAGAAAGUGACAGCACAAACAAUAAUAGUAACAACAACGAAGAGGAGGAACCGGAUGCGCAGGAAGAGAGCAAGAAGAAGCGGGACAUGGAUCCAGAGAAGCUGGAGAGCAUGGACAGGAAGCUGCAGUCGAUUGAGGACUUCAUCAUCGAUGAGACCAUCAAGUAUACGGGUGCACACGAGGGCGUCAACAACAGGGAGGACAUACGCAAGAUCAAGGACCACGUUCUGUCCCGCCUGGCCACGGCCUACAGCCUGGAGAAGAUGCGUCGUGCCCUGGACAAGCUGCGGCAGUCGGUGGACAACGAAAACCACUUAAUGCGCAAUACCAUCGAGCCGGAUUCGGAGGAAAACACCCUAGAACCCAACUACUGGUCGGCCAAGAAGCGAUACAGCGUCAAGAAGGAGCAGGCUGAAGAUGCCAAGCCACCGCAUGAUAUGGAGAAGAGGAAGCGCAGCGGAUACUUGCGGUAUCCGGAGCAGCCCAACAACAUGGAGGAGGCCCUCACCGCUGGAAGUGUCCCGUACGAGACCCUGAACGAUGCCUAUCUGGGCAACAAGAACUACAUAAUCGGCUCCAACCAGUGCCCCGUCAUUGAGUCCAUGGCGGAGCGCUGUCGGGGAGUCGAUUUGAUUUCAGGGGACGUCAACCAAGAGCUUCUUCCCCUGUGCGGUGUCCACCAAAUAUGCUAUCUCUGUGGAGCCUCGCAGGUGGCCUGCGACUAUCAGUAUUUGGCCGAGGCCGACAGCAUCUGUGGCAGCAGUAACGAUUGCCAGUCGGUGGCCCGUUCCAUCCUGAUGAUACUGCGCGGCACGCCCGGCCGACAGCUUGGACCGCGUGAGUGCUUGAAGAAUCCCUGUCUGUACAGGGCCAUGCGCGAGAUUGGGCUAUAAACGUUUUCCUAUCAUCUUCUUUGUGUGCGUUUAAAAAGAAUAAUCAAAAAAGAAGCUACAGCGAAAAGCAGGGGGCCCCAUAUGUUAAUCCAAAACAAAAACAAAAAAGAAUAUGCUGAACUAGCAAAGAUCAAAAGUUUGAUUCAAAACCAAAACCAAAUAUAUAGAAUAUUUUGAUGUGUGUAUUUUCCUGUCUACCACUCCAUAGGCGGUGGCAGAGGGCAACCUAGAGUACCAUAGUAACCUAUGCUAAUUGCAAAAAUAUUGUAUAUGUAUGUAUAAUCACAUCGACUUGCAGCAGUUGACACCGAAUAUAGCGGGGCAUUAGGGGCGUAUUUCGAUGUACAAUAUGUACUUUCCAGCUCUUGAAACCCUUUGCCGGUAGCACAAAAACUCAACUGCUACCCAAGGGAAGUGCUAUAUAUGCUAUAUACCUACAGGCAAAUACGAAUACAAAUACAAUACGCCAAUACCGAGCCACAAUCCAUUUAAGCAGCGUCUUUAAACCACUCCACUCCUAAUUGAAUGUUAAAUGUCCAAAUACAGAAGUUUGCUAAACAUAUUUAAAGUUACAUAAGUGUUUGUGUACAAAGAGGUCGUAAUCAUACAAACUAUAUAUCCACAGGACCUCCAUAUAUAAUCAAAUCAAAAACCAAAAGACAAUUAAGCGCAUAUUUGUAUGUAAUAUUCGCAUAAUCGGUUUUUAGUUUUGUUUUUGUAUAACUAAGUUCUCCUUGCGAGAUUUUGAGAGCGAUUUCGAAAUAGGCAGCUAGCCGCAGUUCGAGAAUCAAAUGCUUAACUACAGCUUUGAAUUCAGUUACGGUCAGACAGACACAAAUAUACAGGCAUAUAUAAAAUAGGAUUGUAUUGUAGGAGAGAAUGAGUCGAGCCGAUCAAAGUAUCUCCCGGAUGGUCCCAAUUGUCGGCUUAUGGGUUGUCCACAGCUAACACUACUACUAAUCUAUCAGAGAUACAUAUGUAUAAAUCUCUCUAUAUAUAUAUUAAAACAUGUCUACGAAUAAACAUAUACAUACUUAAA